UGGGGAGAUCUCAUUGGAGAUGUUGCUGCAGGUCUGGGGCCGCCAUUGCGGCACAGCUCUAGGCACCCACAGGAAGUACGAAACACAGCAGGAAACGACAAAACAUAGGACUGAAGUACUUAGAGCCCGGAGUAGAAAGGCUUGCAGAAUCCAAAACAGAUGUGUAUCAUGGCGUGGCGGGGAUGAGGCACCUCCGGGCUGACGCGGGGCGGAAACAGAGAAGUACCCACGAGUCAUGCCACUAGCUUAUGUCAUGGUCAUGACUCGAGCUAGCCGUAUGCAUCACCAACCUCAAAUCGCCGUUUCCAGGCAACACCAGAACUGCACUCUGCUACCAUGGAGCUCAACCUCACUCACGCGAGUGACCACGAGGACUUCCGCUUCAACGGAUGCAUAUACAACUCUCCAACGCUCUCGCACCCGCUCGUCUGCGCAUCGCGCCAUGCUCCCAAGAACACCGAUGCGCUGCUACGCCCGUACCUCUACUCUUCCACCCUUCCUACCGAGCUAGAGCACUCCAUGAAAGAAUAUGUAUCCACGAUCAUCACUCCCGGCUUCUACGGCGGCGGAAUCCGAAGCAGACCCCGUUGGUUCUACGCCAACUGUGCCGUCUUCGGAAUGCUGCUAGGCCGCGCUUUUGCGCUCUUGGGUACGCCCACGCGACCGCCUAGAUCACUAGAUGACUCCGGAGAUUUCCCCUUUACGAAGCUGCCGGCCGAGUUGCGGCUGCAGAUAUACGCAUACUACAAAGAGGAUUUGGCCCAGAGGCAGAGAUAUUGGGAGGUCAUGACGAGGGUCUUCAUCAAGGCACUGUGGUCGGGGAGUGAGCCAGAGGAAGGCUCGCGAUACGUCACCGGCAUCAUAAUGCUCAGCUGUGGCCACGCCAUGUCGCUCUGCGCUCCGCUGCUGCGCGGCCGUGGAUCGCGCUACGUCUGGUGGGAUGACUGCAUCAAGGACCUGGAUCACACGUGGGGCUGGUCCGAACUGCAGGAUGCUGUCUUUGGCACAAAGGACCUUCCGCGGCAUAACACAGACACUCUCGAGCUGUACAAGUACGCGGUGGAAGUCGGUGAGACGGCAUGGCGCAACAACCUCGAGUACGUGUCGAAAGAAGUGCUGGACGUGCUGGACCUGGCAAGGGAGCAUCUGCAAGCCGAUGAACGGGACUGGACACCCCCAGAGAUCGAGGCGAGGCUGAUGAGCGGGCUGUUUGAAAAUGACGAGGCGAGGAAGAUAUGGGAGCCCACAGGGCUGGUGCCGAGGGCUUUCGAGCAGAAGUUCGCCAUGGAGAAAACGAGUAUGGAGCCCUUCUAAUCCGCCUCUAUGCAUAUCUUCAACUUUCUAUCUUCGGCUUCGGUCUAUAAGCAAGCCCGUCCGGACGUUCUGCUUCUAGGCCGAAUCCUUGAAUUGGUCCGCGGGAAGGCCGGAAACAUUCCGUAUGCAUUUCUAAGGCCGGCAUGACACCUAUCCGGGCUCCUCAGGGUUAGACUUCCUACGAUCAUUCGCUAUUAAUGCUUCGAGAACGAAAUGCUUAUGCUAGAAGAAUGCGGGGCAGUAAGCAGGGCUGGGUUUGCUAGCGAGACCAC